UACAAGAAAUACCGCCGGUGAAGUUGUCCUUUGUUAGCGGGUCGCAAUUCUCUUCCAAUCUUAAAGAACUCAGCUUAGUGCACGUGAACAUGGAUGUUCCCCUUGAUUUGGCAAAUUGUCCGCAAUUACAUAAUUUAGGUCUAGGAAAUACCUCGUCCGAUACUAUGACCGAUACAGGCGUCGUAUGCAACAUGCAACGUUGUGAUGCACUUCAGGAACUGCGGGUUGACGCAUUGACAUUCCCUGUCGAUACUCACCUGGAUCUCAGCGGUCUCACACAUCUCUCAAAGAUAACUAUACAGAACACCCGUCUGUCCCGCGUAACCAUCAAUCCGUCUUGUCUAGAGAAUUUCUGGGUUUACGUAAAGCCUGAACUAAUACAAGAAAUACCGCCGGUGAAGUUGUCCUUUGUUGGCGGGUCGCAAUUCUCUUCCAAUCUAAAAAAACUCAGCUUAGUGCACGUGACCAUGGAUGUUCCCCUUGAUUUGGCAAAUUGUCCGCAAUUACAUACAUUAGUUAUAGAAAAUACCUCAUCAGAUUCUGUAACAGGUAUAUGCGUUGUACGUAGCAUGCAACGUUGUGAUGCACUUCAGGAACUGAAUCUUGACACAUUGACAUUUCCUGCAGAUACUCACCUGGAUCUCAGCGGUCUCACACAUCUCUCAAAGAUAACUAUACAGGACACCCGUCUGUCCCGCGUAACCAUCAACCCGUCUUGUCUAGAGAAUUUCUGGGUUUUCGUAAAGCCUGAACUAAUACAAGAAAUACCGCCGGUGAAGUUGUCCUUUGUUGGCGGGUCGCAAUUCUCUUCCAAUCUAAAAAAACUCAGCUUAGUGCACGUGACCAUGGAUGUUCCCCUUGAUUUGGCAAAUUGUCCGCAAUUACAUACAUUAGUUAUAGAAAAUACCUCAUCAGAUUCUGUAACAGGUAUAUGCGUUGUACGUAGCAUGCAACGUUGUGAUGCACUUCAGGAACUGAAUCUUGACACAUUGACAUUUCCUGCAGAUACUCACCUGGAUCUCAUUGAAUUAACGUGUUUGGCUGAUAUAUCAUUGGUAAGAUUAACGACGGAUAUAACCGUUCAGUUUCCACAAAAUGUGCAUAAAAUAUUCAUAGACGGUGUAACCUUUUGCAAAAAUACACACCUGGAUCUCAGCGGUCUCACACAUCUCUCAAAGAUAACCAUACAGAAUACCCGUCUGUCCCGCGUAACCAUCAACCCGUCUUGUCUAGAAAAGUUCUGGGUUUACGUAAAGCCUGAACUAAUACAAGAAAUACCGCCGGUGAAGUUGUCCUUUGUUGGCGGGUCGCAAUUCUCUUCCAAUCUUAAAGAACUCAGCUUAGCGCACGUGACCAUGGAUGUUCCCCUUGAUUUGGCAAAUUGUCCGCAAUUACAGAAAUUAGUUAUGGGAAAUACCUCAUCCGAUUCUGUAACAGGUAUAUGCGUUGUACGUAAUAUGCAACGUUGUGAUGCACUUCAGAAACUGCGGCUUGACACAUUGACAUUCCCUGCAGAUACGCACCUGGAUCUCAGUGAAUUAACGUGUUUGACUGAUAUAUCAUUGGUAAGAUUAACGACGGAUAUAACCGUUCAGUUCCCACAAAAUGUGCAUGAAAUAUUCAUAGACGGUGUAACCUUCCGCACAAAUACACACCUGGAUCUCAGCGGUCUCACACAUCUCUCAAAGAUAACUAUACAGAAUACCCGUCUGUCCCGCGUAACCAUCAACCCGUCUUGUCUAGAGAAGUUCUGGGUUUACGUAAAGCCUGAACUAAUACAAGAAAUACCGCCCGUGAAGUUGUCCUUUGUUGGCGGGUCGCAAUUCUCUUCCAAUCUUAAAGAACUCAGCUUAGUGCACGUGACCAUGGAUGUUCCCCUUGAUUUGGCAAAUUGUCCGCAAUUACAGAAAUUAGUUAUGGAAAAUACCUCAUCCGAUUCUGUAACAGGUAUAUGCGUUGUACGUAGCAUGCAACGUUGUGAUGCACUUCAGAAACUGCGGCUUGUCUCAUUGACAUUCCCUGCAGAUACGCACCUGGAUCUCAGUGAAUUAACGUGUUUGACUGAUAUAUCAUUGGUAAGAUUAACGACGGAUAUAACCGUUCAGUUUCCACAAAAUGUGCAUGAAAUAUUCAUAGACGGUGUAACCUUCGGCAAAAAUACACACCUGGAUCUCAGUGAAUUCACGUGUUUGACUGAUAUAGCAUUGGCAAGAUUAACGACGGAUAUAACCGUUCAGUUCCCACAAAAUGUGCAUGAAAUAUUCAUAGACGGUGUAACCUUCGGCAAAAAUACACACCUGGAUCUCAGCGGUCUCACACAUCUCUCAAAGAUAACUAUACAGGAAACCCGUCUGUCCCACGUAACCAUCAACACGUCUUGUGUAGAGAAGUUCUGGAUUGCCGUGAAGCCUGAACUGAUACAAGAAAUACCGCCCAUGAAGUUGUCCUUUGAUGGCGGGUCCAAGUUCUCAAGCAAACUUACGAUGCUAAGCUUAGUACAUACAUCGAAUAAUCAUAGCGUAGAUUUAUCGGAAUGUGUACAGUUACAAACACUCAGAACAUGUGAUAUAUUACAAAUAGGGACAUUAGGCCUUCCACAUCUGGAGGAGGCUCGAUUGUUUGGAGCACAAACAGACUUUGGCAACAAUGUUUUACAGCUCAUUUCUGAAAGUAGUUGUCCUUGUAGAAGAAUAUGGUUCGAAAACCUAUCUCCGGAAAUAUUCAGUUCAUUGACUGUUAGUCAAACUUAUGCUCAGAAGUUUGAAUCAUUUAAGUUUCGAUUUAUGUGUUUAGACAUAAAUGUUUUUGAUUUUAUCAAGACGGUUGCUGUGAAAAAGGUUGAAUUUGAAGAGGUGAAAAUAGUUAAAGCCCAGCAGCUUGUAGCCUUACUGACAUGUACAGAGCCUAUUCAGGCCUCAGACAAUACUGCAGACGGAACGGUCGAAUUGCCAGUCGGGCUCCGUGUAUCAGAUAUCAGUUUCUCUGAAUGUCCUGUUCUGGGUUCUACAGUUGAGGAAUUAGAUUCGGCGAUUGAAUGUUUACGACGGGUUUGGGAGAUAAAGGAAGUCAAGAUAGAAACACAGCAGUCUAGCAUUUCCAACACCGUCUGCGGUGAAGACAUUAUUAGCGAGAAUCACAUUGUGUUGAUGAGUUUGCAGCUGAAAUCAAAUUAACUUAAGUUCGCAUUGGAUAGAAAUCAAGAUAGUGCAUCUUUAAAUUUAACGAUCCAGCGAAAUGAAUAGUUUUACCAUUUAAUGUUUGUACAUAAAGUUUCGUCUUACACAUUCAUAUUUCGUUUAUCUUAAAUAGUCAUAUUCCGUAUCGUCUUACACAGUCAUAUUCCGUUACGUCUUACACAGUCAUAUUCCGUUACGUCUUACACAGUCAUAUUCCGUUACGUCUUACACAGUCAUAUUCCGCUACUACGUCUUACACAGUCAUAUUCCGUUACGUCUUACACAGUCAUAUUCCAUUACGUCUUACACAGUCAUAUUCCGUUACGUCUUACAACGUCAUAUUCCGCUACGUCUUACAACGUCAUGUUCCGUUACGUCUUACACAGUCAUAUUUCGUUACGUCUUACACAUUCAUAUUCCAUUACGCCUUACAACGUCAUAUUCCGUUUCGGCUUACAACGUCAUAUUCCGUUUUUGGUUACAACGUCAUAUUCCAUAUCGUCUUAUAAAGUUGUCCCCUGUUUAAUCGCAGAAUUGGGUGCUAAAACCUUUCAGAUGUUUUUUUUUAUAUAUUUUGUGGAUAUUUCGAUAUCACGCAGGACAAAUUAUGUACAGUGAGCUUUUGUUGUAUUUUUACUUUCGUAUUUUUUUUGUAUCUGCCUGUUGAAUAUAUUAUAAUUGUGAUUUCCAAACAAAUAAAGAAGCACAUAACAGUGGCAUUAGCUUCUUAUUUAGUAAGCUAAAACAUAAGAAUAUUAAUUUCUUGUGUGAUUCAUCCCGCUAUAGAACAUGUAUUAAUAUCACGUUUCAAAUAUUUAAAAAAGAACGUUUACAAAAUUUGAGAAAAAAUAUGUAACUUUUUCAUAUGUCUGUCACACAAGUGAAUAAAUUGAUACGCAAAAAUGAUAUUACAAAUAAAUACAUGCUGAUAUAAAGUUUGGAACCUGAAAAUACGAUUGCUAGUACAUUUAUGCGUGUACUUAUACUUUAUAUUGUUUGCAGCGUUUACGAUAGUUUUGUGGGUUUAUACAUGAUCAAAGUUUUUACAUAUGAAAACAUAUAUAAGCAGAUAUUAAAGGGACCAAUCAACAGGGUCAGAAGUUCCAACUAAAUAUUUAUUGUAAAUUGUUUUUUGUUUUUUUUAAAUGACAGGAGAUGCUCUAUUUUUCCAAAAAAGCAAUAUUAACGAUACUGAAAGUAGAUUGUUAUAAACUUCGACUUUAAAAUUUUGUUCAAAUCAGUAUAUGCUAGUAAUCGUUCUUGUGUUCGCGUAACAAUAUGUAUAAGAACUCGAUUUCAAGUUUAAUAAAAUCUUUGAGUGAGUCCCUUUAAACAUGUUGUGUAUGCAGUUUUCUUGUCUGUAUAUUGUAUAUAUUGAAGACAUUCUAGUGACAAACAAACAUUGAUAACAACUGAAACCGAUUUGUAUUUCAUAUUUUGAAAAUCAUUUUACUUUAGAUAUUCCUUUUUUUAUAUUUCAACAUAGAAAUAUUCAUCAUUAUUGUUACUGUUUGGAUCUGUGGAAAAGACAUUCUAUUUACAGGAGUAGUGUAUUUUGUUUAUUCGUUGUAUUAAAGCUGCACUCUCACAGAUUGAUUGUUUUGACUCUUUUAUUUCUGAAAUGAGCCAAUCUUAGCCUUUUCUACUGGAAAUCAGUGACAUAAGACUGCUGACAAAAGAGCAGACCGUUGUUUUCAUUUUAACGUAAAAUAGGUGCUUUAUGGCUAAAAUUGUUACUAAUACUUUAAGAAAUAUAAUUUUAUCGGCUGUUUUCCAAACAAUUGAGAUCAUUUCUGUUGUGAGUUAUAUUUUAUGACUGUAUUAAGGCAUUGGUACCAACUCAGUUAAUUCUGAGGCAAAAUAAAUAAAAUAAAAAUCAAAAAUUUGUGAGGGUACUGCUUUAAAGUUACUUUGAAAUGUUUAACAUAAAGUCAUCGUCCGAUACCAACGGAAGACCUAUUUCUCUGUUGCAUGGAGUGAGCGGAAUGCGUCAGUCGUUGGUCUCCGACUGUGACAUGACUUCGUGUAAACAGUAAUGUUUGUGUGUGGUUUAUAUUCAGUGUUCACGUCAAUGGUCUACUGAAAGAAAUGAAAAAAAUAUAUAAUAAAGUAAAGAUUUACCAUUAUUAUGUAUUGAAACGCAAUCUGUAUGAAUGUUAAAACUUAACUGAAACGUUCCGUAAUAUUUUGUCAAUCUAGAUUCAACUUGCGCUCAUGUGUCAUAGGUUGUGUUAACUUAUAUACAGUCGAACCCCGUUGGCUCGAACUCCAAGGGACCGGCGAAAAUACCUCGAGCUUCAGAAAUUUCGAGCCAAGCGGGAAUGCCUUUGUUUAGUAUAAUAUAGAAAUCGGUCCUAAACAUUCAGUUCGAGCCAACGAGGAAUUCGAGCCAAGCGAAUUCGAGUCAACGGGGUUCGACUUUAUAAGAAAAUAUUUUGGAUGCAAACAAUUUAAUUCAUAAUAUUAACUAAACAUGCACUAUGAACGUAUAUUUGUUACACAUGUAAAAUGUUUACAAAUGUUAUGUAUAUAUAAUACAAGUUCUUGUUGAGUUUUAUAUUUAUAAUAAUGUGAAAAUUAAUGCAACAAGCAUUUAUAUUCAUAAAAUUUGAUAGUAAUAUUGUGUACUAAACAUGCAUUAUGUAAAGAUGGUUUUGUCAAACAUGUAGCUAUUUUUGCAGAUGUUGUGUACAUGCACUACCAGUUCCUCAGCGGAUCGAUAUUGAUUUCAUGUAUUGUAUAUAAUCAUGUAUACUCAAUGCAAGGAACAUUCGUGUUCAAGAAUUGUUUGUUAGUAGAAUUGUACAUACAAUCGAUGCAAUUCCAUGCAGUUAUUUUUUCAUGGCAAUCAUUGAUAAUAAUGUAUUCUGAUAAAUUAUUUGUUAUACAUGCCUAUGCAAAAUCUAUUUUUUUGCAAGAAAUGAUGCAAAAUAAAAUGUAUUAAUAAAUUAUCUUAAUUGA